CUGUUAAUUUUUCACCCUCUCUCGUUUCUUGAUAACGCGAACGAGGGAGGGAGCGAGCGAGCGAAGAAGCGAACGAUGGCUUCGCUCGUGGAUUACGACGACGACGACGACGACGAAUCCUCGUCCGAAGCAGAAGCAGAAGCAGUGGAGACAAUCGCAGACGCAGAAGCAGAAGAGGAAGCCAAAAGCACCGCGGCACCCUCGGAGGGCUCCGUUGCUCGACCCUCUCCGCCUCCUCAGAAUCAGAGUGCUAUACCUCCCUCGCUCCAAAAUUCGAAUGUUGUCUCGCCUUUGCCCCCACCAUCAUUUGAUGAACUCCCAGAUGUCUCACUUCUUCUUGCUUCACCAUCUGCACCUACUCACCAGACAAUAGGUAGUUACCAUUCGUCAAGGGUUGCUUCUGCUAUGUCUGAUAGUGCAUCAAAGAAGAGAGAAUCAAAUGGAUCUGCUUUCCAACAUCCGCCCAGCAAACAGCCUAGAGGACAAUUGCGGCAUCUAAGAAAUGUUCCUGACACGAUGGGUAAUGCAUUAAUUCCACCACAGCUCAGAGGGAGGAGCAAUGUAGUAACUGAAGAUGUCAGCAAGUUGUUCGUGAGUAGGCGGCGAGAAUCUUCUGGUUGAAGAUGAAGUUAUCUUCUAAUCUCACAAAAACAUAUCAAUGUCAUUUAGAAAUGGGUAGCCAUUUGUAAUACUAGAUUGUCCUCAACCCCUUAGCUUCUUUACUCUACUUUACGAACAAAACUCAGCUGUUCCCUUUCCUUUCUCUCCGUUUCUUCUCUGUUGUUUUAUGUUCCGCUGUUUCGGCUUGUACAGUGUAAUUCUGGGUAAUGAAAUUAUAUGUUGAUCCCAAAACAAGAUUUUCUUUUUUCUUU